AUGGACGGCAGCGGGGACGGGGAGGCCGCUCUGGGGGAGCACGUGGCGCCCUGCUCGCCUGCUCCCGGGGCUGCUGGGAUGGUGGCGGAAUCCCGAGGCCUCCUGGACCCCUACAUUCUUUCCCCUGCCCUUCUGCAGGGCCCUGGCUGGCUGCUCGUGGACCUCAACGCGGGAAGCACCCGCGAGACCCCGAGCAUCCUCCCCGGCUCCGUCCUUCCUAGGAAUGUAAUUUUCCUGCUGCUUCUCUUCUUAUCUUUGGAGCAGACCUCUGCAUCGCUGGCUGACGAAAUCAAAUAGAAACCAGGAGUGUGCCCCGGAGAAAGGAUUACCUGUCACAUUAAAAUUCAGGACUAUUGCAGAAGGGAUUUUGACUGCUCAGGACACCAGAAGUGCUGUACUUUUGCCUGUAGGAAGAAGUGGUUGGAUCCCUAUCAAGAACCCGGCACAUUGCCCUUGAACCAAGGAAUAUGUAAGCUUAACCUAUGGCGCUGGUAUUUUGACUUUGAAAACGGUAGCUGCAAAUCCUUUACAUAUAGGGGCUGCCUUGGGAAUGCGAACAACCUCUUCAGCAAUGAUGACUGCAAGAAGGCCUGCAUGUCAGUUGUCAAGGAAGGUCAGUGCCCACUCUUUCCUUUCACCGCCCGUAUGGAGUGUCCAGCUUUGUGUAUGAGUGACAUCAAUUGCCCCAAGUGGAACAAGUGUUAUGAAUCCACAUGUGGCUUUGUUUGCUCCAGGGCCUGGACAGUCAAAGCAGGUUUCUGCCCACGCAAGCCCUUGGUGUGUCCCAAGAUUGAUAAACCCAAGUGCCUGCAGGAUGAUGACUGCCCAUUGGCAGAAAAGUGCUGCACAGAUUGUGGACUGAAAUGCAUGGAACCCCAAAUUUGAACAGUGUGCACUUUUACUGAACUAGCCUUGAGUCUGUGUACAGGUAAGCCCUGGCUGCAUCCACACCUCCACCUACUCCCAGGGAGACUGAAGGCCUUCAAGCAUCUCAAGUUGGGGGAUAAACGGGGCCAUGAUAGUUGAUCAUUCAAAAUAAACCAAAGUUAAAAAGUA